CCAACACUCCAAAGUUUCGCCUUUUACGUCCGUGGUUUGGCCUGUGACUCUUUUGCCGCCUGCGUUUGCCUUGAUUUGUCUGCGUGCAACAGAUAGGCCACCCGAAUCGGAUUCCGGAAAGCAUUGUUUCGGCCUUCCUUUGACCAUGGCGCCCGGCAUCCUACAGGACCCUGGCUUUGCCUCUGCCGAAUCACAGCCUGCCAAAAAGAGAAAGCUCACCGUCCCAGUGCAUGUUCAGCAGGACGACGAAGAAGUGGCAACUGCGGUGCCCUCGCAUCCGUUGGGUAUCAAGCCAGCCGGAAAUGCGUACACAGCGACUGAGAACAUCAAGUCAAGAUGUGGAUCCUUCGCCAGGCUGCCUGAUGAGCUGCUGAACCACAUUCUUGAGUCAUUCGAUGCUGACGCUCUCGUACGGCUGGGAAGCACUUGUCGAGCAUUGUACGCUUUCACCCGUUUGGACGAGUUAUGGAGGGCCUUGUUUGUAGGAUCCUCACCCGAGAACUUCACAUGGCGAGGAACAUGGCGGGCAACGUAUCUCAACACCCCCCCAGAAAACGGCACCUCCUUGCAAUGCAACAAUCUCUUCUCCGACGUUCUUUACCGACCCUUCCAAUGCGCACACACCUCCCUCAAACCCUACACAACCAACAUCCCACCCAGCAACGCCAUCGCGCGUCUCCCCGACUUAACUCCCGAAGAAUUCUCCGCAAAAUGGACAGACAAACCUUUCAUCCUGACCUCGCCCGUCAAAGCCUGGCCCGUGUACGGGAAAUGGGACUCCCGAUACCUACUAGAAAAGUUUCCGGACACGAAGUUUACUGCUGAGGCAGUGGACUGGCCCAUGUCAACCUACAUAUCCUACAUCAACUUCAACACCGACGAAUCUCCCCUCUACCUCUUCGACCGGGCCUUCGCGCCCAAAACAGGCAUCGACACAAGCCUCCCACCGCAUCACCCGGACGCUGCGUACUGGACACCAGAAUGCUUUGGACCGGAUUUGUUCAGUGUUUUGGGCGACCAGCGCCCGGAUUGUCGGUGGAUGAUCCUUGGCCCCAACAGAUCGGGAAGCACGUUUCACAAAGAUCCUAAUGCGACGAGUGCGUGGAACGCGGUGCUCACGGGGAGUAAGUACUGGUUGAUGUUUCCCAGUGGUGCGAAUUGCGCGCCGCCGCCGGGGAUUAUUCUGAGCGAGGAUCAGAGCGAGAUCACUGCGCCGUUGAGUAUUGCGGAGUAUCUUUUGACGUUCCAUGAGCUUGCGCGUGAGACCCCGGGGGCGAAGGAGGGUAUCUGUUAUGCGGGUGAGGUUCUGCAUGUGCCGAGUGGGUGGUUCCACCUCGUGCUCAACCUUUCCGAGUCGCUGGCUUUGACACAAAACUUCGUGCCUGAAGCGCGACUCGCCGACGUUCUGGGAUUCCUGAGGGAUCAGAGGGUUCAAGUCAGUGGGUUCAAGGAUGAUGUUUCGGAUCAUGCGUAUGAGCUGUUUGUGGAAAAGCUGGGUGAACAGCACCCCGACAUCUUGGAGGAAGGGCUGAUGAAGCUGGAGAAGAAGGGGAAACAAGGAAGGGGGAAGUGGGAGGAGUUGACGAAGGGAGGAGACGAGGAGGAGGGUGGGGGAGGGUUUAGUUUUGGGUUUGCGGGGGACGAUAGUGAUGCUGAUAUCCCCUGAAGAGGACGAUGCUGGUAAUAGUACUUGUGUAGAAGCAACGAGGGAUAAUAG